AUCUCUGCUUUCCAUUUUUGGAAGUUUCCGUAAACACAAGAUAUGCAAUGCUUAUACCAAAGGUAUAGAUGCAGAGGAAGGAAUUUACGAGCCUCUAACCCAUAAAGAAACAGAGAAGGCAUUGAAUCAGCAGAUGGAAUGUUAUUUCUCACAAAGAGGCGCCAUUUGGGGAUACAUAUUGCAAAUUGUUUUUCAAAUGACUGCUGGGGCUGCUAUGCUGACUGAUGGUGUUUAUUGGCUCGUAAUCUUUCCAUUCCUUACCAUAGCAGACUAUGAAAUGAGUUUCUUAACAGUUGUGGUACAUUCUCUUAAUAUCAUUUUGCUGCUAGGAGAAACAGCCAUGAACAGCUUGCGCUUCCCAUGGUUCCGAAUUUCGUAUUUCAUCUUGUUCACGGCGGUUUACGUGGUGUUUGAGUGGAUUGUCCAUGCCUUUGUGGAAACCUGGUGGCCAUAUCCAUUUCUUGAUGUAUCAGCAGAAUUCGCCCCAGCAUGGUACUGGCUGGUUGCAGCAUUGCACCUUCCAUGCUAUGCUAUGUUUGUGUAUUUGGUGAAAGUAAAGUACUUGGUGCUGUCUCGGUGGUUCCCCGAGUCGUAUCAUAGUUUAAGAUGACAUCUUUUGUUCAAAGCUGCAAAGCGCGCGUAUGUCUUUUAGCAGUUCCGGAGUGGGGAGCUGCAGCAUAGAUUAUGGCAAUUUUAGGAAUACAAUGCUAACAACAGGAAAAGAGUGUAACUGAUGCAUGCAUCCUACAUUCAUAUAUACACCCUUUAUUCUUUUGAAACUAGAGAAAGUAUAUUUACUUGUCUUAA